CCUUAUUUUCAGCACGGCCUAUCCGUAAGACAAAGCCGCACACAGAUAAGACUGUGGGCGUAUGACCACGCAAGCCUUCGCUUCCGGAGUCGUCUCCCCGACGACCAUUUACGGUUCAUCGUUCGUGGAUAGAGUAACUGAAAUACGCGCACAACUAUUUGAAUCAGCAAGAUCGAUUCAGCGUUGUAGUUGUACGGCGAACGUCGCUGGAAAUGCGGUCAAAUAAGAGACCCCUUCUCCCUGCAGCGAAAUCUCUGUCUAGCGUUCGGCUACGCGCCGGAGCAAAGCAUUUAACUUGCACACAAAAUCCCGCCAAUACGCAGGUUUAAUGUUAUUCCCAGAUCAAGUUUUUACGCAGUCUAGUAUCAAAGUCAGCCAGUCGUAAACGAAUUGGCUUUUUCUCUGCUAAAUGAUAAGCACUCGUAAUUUGUGCAAUCUUGAGCGAUAUACUGAACGGAUGUAAAUUCAAAUCAGUGGAGCGAACCUGACGUCAUCUCUGAAUCCCUGAAGCAAUCGAACGAGGAAGUGUUAAGACUAAAAAAAAACUGAAAUCUUUAUCGAAAACGCUGAUGAAUCGACUCUUUGCUCAGCUGUUUUGAUUUCCAAAUGUCGUGUAUUUUUCCAGCAAUUUGUACGUGCUAAAAAUAGCGUAAAACGUGAGCAUGACCCUUGCUUGCCUGGCAUGCGGGCGCCAAAUACCGUCGUCUUAAUAUGGCCGACAUGGUGAUGUUUAGAAGAAGACGACAUUUUCUCCCAGUCACUAAGUAAGAGUCGAAGUAGUAAAAACGACCAGACAACAGUGAAGAAUGAUGCCACUUUGGGCUGUAAUCGUCGGCUUUGUCUUUGUUAGCUUCUUACAAGAUUCGUUUGAAGCUGACUUCACAUCCAUUCGCGACUUGAAAGCAGCUAGCGAUUCUCUGGAACGACGGGCAAUUUGUGAGUCCUUAUGCAGAUCCGAGAGGCCAGAUACGACGCACUUCGAAAAGGAAAUCUCUAUGGGUAUGUGCAUCCAUACAUGUGUUCGCAAUAAAAGAGAAGGUUUCAUACGCGAAGGUCACAAAGGAAGGUCACAACGGAGUGCUUACCAGCAGGAAGACAAUGACUGCCUCAAGCCACAGGAUUUCGUGGAAUAUCCUGGACGAAUACCCUCAUCUAUAACAGUGGAUUAUUCAGCCAGAAAACCAAACUUAUCAAUCUCUUGGAGUCCAGUGCAUUAUAAUAAGAACUGGACCAGGUAUGCCUUACAUUACUCUUCCAUGGGAGAAGCAGUUAACAUUGACAGAAUGAAUUGUAAACUGAUACCAAAGGAUCAACAUGAGUGGAUUUUACAGAAUGGCAGUGGUUGGAACUAUCCUGAUGGGAUCUGGGUUGGGAUCAUCACGUAUCCUCAUAGGAAAUAUGAUAGCUUCGACAUGAAACGAUUUGGUACCACGCCGAGGCCUCCACCAACGUUUCCUCCAACGUCAAGCGACGUAUCCACCAAACUUAUAGCCGCCAUUUUGGGUGCAGCAUUUGGUUUUUUGCUGCUAGUGUUUGCAGUUUUGUUUUAUCGGAAACAAAUCAACUUGCUGAGGCCUUUCCGUACUUGUUUUCCAGCUUUGUUUCCCAUCUUUGCAGUUGAACCAAAUAAUCGGCCAGGUAUAGCAGAACCGGAGAAAAAGUCAGGUCCUGAAAUCUAUUACGCGUGUUAUUAUCCGGAAAGUCCCUCGUACCAACUUGAAGUGGCCAAUGUCGUGAACUGCUUCCGAGAAAAUGGUUACAAAGUGGAAAUGGACGUGAUGAAUGCUAACGAGCGACUCGAUCUUGGACCAACUCGUUGGGCGGAGCAGCAAAUUAAGAAUGCACUCAAUGUACUGGUCUUUCUGUCGCCAGAACUUCUGCGAUUGUGUGCAAGCGACCUCGAAGGAGUGCAAUUCUCUCACCAGGAACACGAAAUCCGCUGGGUCGAACUCGACUUGAUUCGAAGAGAGUACACACAGACACGCUCACUGCGUAAAAUGGUUUGCAUUAUUCUGCCAAAUACACGCGUCGACCCAAAGGAUCUCCCGCCGUGGGCACAAAUUACAUACAAAUGGCCCGAGGACAAGAUGAACAUUUUCAAACGUUUAAACGGCAGACCCAUCAUCCAACCCUCGUAGCGUUUAUUAAUGGAAAAAAUACUUAAACAAUGUGUUACCAGCACGUAAGAAAUAUGUAUAGACAGUUAUUUUUUAAUGGGAGGUAAUUCUUAGGUGUGUUAUUGUAUUUAAGUUUCAUUUCCUUUCAAAACACUGUAUUUGUUAAGCUCAGUUGUCGAUAGUGAAGAAGUUUCUCUCAGAUUGUAGCAAUGCAAAGGAUAUGAAAGAAAGGAAAGCUGUGCUUGCGCACCCCUUGCGGGCUACUUUAGGAUGCAAACGGAAAACCAGUUUUUGGGCUUGCCCCUUGGGCUUGUUGUAACUGUGAUGUACUAGCCCAGUAGCCAUUGUCACUAGCCCUCCAAAAUGGCAUCGCUUACAGCACUUCUGUAAUUUCAAAGUCGUCAAAGUUUUUUCUCAGGAAACUUCAAUUGCCCAUCGGGUGUGGGAGACGAUUUUUAACAACAUCGAAGAAUGGAAAUUUAGUUCUAUAUUUAGUUCUGUAAUUUAGUUCUAUAUUUUUAUUUAUUUUUGUGGACAGCUUCAGAUGACGCGUUAUUUUUAUUAUGCCGAGGUUGUAUGAUAGGUACUUAUUGACCAAGUGGGAAUGCUGGACGGGAAUAUUCCAUGGUAGUAUGCGGUCAUUUUGAGCGCAGAGUGAAUAGGUGGAAAAUUUGUUCCCUCCGGGUAUCCUUACUUGGAGUAAUUGAGGUGAAUAAGCAAAGAACCUCUUAGCCAGGGUCAUCGUGUUGUGUUCUUGGGCGAGGCACCUUACCUCGCAGUGCCUCUCCACCCGUGUGUUUAAACAAGCACCGGCGAAUUUGAUGCUGGGGUGGGAGCAAGGGGGGGGGGGUGGUGGUCCGGUGGAACCGUGCAAUGGACUAACAUGGGGUGGGAGGGGGGGGUGGGGUGUAGAAAUAGCAGCGGCCUGUUGGGCCAUAAGGCUCCUAGGCAGUCUGUGUAAGAAAUUCUGGUGUAAAAAGGGUAACAGCGAUUUAAGGCUGCACUCUAACAGUUACAUCACCCUGUUUAUUUCAAAAUUCUUCGAGAGUUCUCGAAAAUCUUUGUAAAUAUUGUGUAACCUUGUAGGUAAUGUUCUAAAAUUAUUUUCAAUUUGCAUUGUGCACUUUGAUUUCACAUAAUUGGUACUUCUCUGGAUAAAUCAGAAGUGAGGAAUUUCUGUGGCUCUAUCAUAACCCUUUUAGUGGCAGGAAUUUUGUCUCUCGUUUCAGUUUCAUUGUAUGGGAAAAUCGGACAGUAGAUAAAUUAAUGUUCGCAAAAAGUCAAGAGAUCACAUCACAAUGUUGAUCUAGUCCGUUGCAUGUGUGAUGAAAAUGACUUCUUUCAGUUGGAUGAACUUCACAGUUGUGUAUAGUAUUAUAGAGAAAAGAUGAUUUCGUGUACCGAAAUUAAUGAUAGAAUUUUGUAGUGAAAUAAAGCUCCAAUGUAUAUUGAUCA